GGCGCACUGAAUCUGGGGAUGUUCGCAGUCACUAAUUGUGACCCUGAAGGAACGCAGAGCGGGUGUCUGGCUCCUGAGGCCUCUGGGGAAGAGAGCGGGUUUUAUUGUGACUACUGCGAUACAUACCUCACCCAUGACUCUCCAUCUGUGCGAAAGACACACUGCAGUGGUAGGAAACACAAAGAGAAUGUGAAAGACUACUAUCAGAAAUGGAUGGAAGAGCAGGCUCAGAGCCUGAUUGACAAAACAACUGCAGCAUUUCAGCAAGGAAAGAUACCUCCUACUCCAUUCUCUGCUCCUCCUCCCGGGGGGGCAAUGAUCCCACCUCCCCCCAGUCUCCCGGGUCCUCCUCGCCCUGGUAUGAUGCCAGCACCCCACAUGGGGGGCCCUCCCAUGAUGCCAAUGAUGGGCCCUCCUCCUCCUGGGAUGAUGCCUGUGGGACCUGGUUCUCAGCAUGGGCCUCCUGCUCACCUUUCCUACAACUCCGAGCAAACGCUUAGUGCUCCUGGAAUGAGGCCCCCUAUGGGAGGCCACAUGCCAAUGAUGCCAGGGCCCCCAAUGAUGAGACCUCCUGCCCGUCCCAUGAUGGUACCCACUCGGCCAGGAAUGACUCGACCAGACAGAUAAGGAAAGAGCAGAGCCUCUUUCUAUAUAAAACAGAACAAGUUUUAUAUAACUUGUUCUGUUUCACCAGGAGAUCCUGGUGCUGUGACUCUGGCUGUUUUCUAACAGCAGGACAAGGAAGACUCGCUCCCCCUGCCUAUCAAAGAGAAUAGUUUGGGAAGGGAGUAAUGGAACAAAAAAACACAAUUUUCAUCUGUAUUGUGAAAUGUGAAAAUAAAAUUGUCAACUCUUUUAGUUAAAAA